AUGGUGUUACGGGAACAGACUGUUGUCCAAGUGAGUUCAUUGGUCAAAGACUUGGACAGGACGAUGAAACUGAAUGGCGGAUUGGAGGAUAUUGUCCUCAGUAACAAUCGUCCCUAUGUUCGACGGGAAAAACCCCAAUUAAACUUUGGCAACAACGACCGAGUGAAAGCAUGUAUAGGGAACCAUUUGUUUCAUGCUGUGUUUAAGUGUCGAUUUAAAAAGGUGAAGCUGAUGUUGGACCGCGGCUUCGAUGUGAAUAUGAGGAACAGUUAUGGUUACAGUGUACUGGUAGCUGCCCUUCAUAUCGACGAUAACGACCACCGGGAAAAAAUGUUCCGAAUACUCAUCAACCGUAAUGCCGAUCCCCUCCAGAAGGACCCAAAGCAUGGCCGACACGUCCUCUGCUGGGCGUGCCUCCUUGGUCGUGUCAAUGAAGUUAAGUUCUUGCUUGAUAAAUUCAAGGGAGAUUUUGACCUUCAUGACAAGGACAAAGAAGGAAUGACCAUCCUCCAUCACGCUACGCAGGCUGGACAAGAGGAAGUGGUCUCCAUGCUUGCCAUUGAGUUCCGGCGCUUUGGUUUGUCUGUGGACGUUGUUGACAAUCUGGGGCUUACACCCUAUCUCCACGCGCGACGCCUUGGAUACAGUACCAUCACACGUAUACUACAAGAGCAGGGCCGUGCGUGUCCUGGUCAAGGAGAUAUGUUUACAUUCCGGAGUGGCAGGGAAUGGUCAUCUCUUGGUCGUGAAGAACGACACGUUCAACGGGAACAAGAGCGUUUUGGAGAUUACAUGAAAGCUGCAAUACUUGGUCGAAGUCGAGUUAUACAUCGUUAUCAAAAUCGAGCACCCCUUAUUAAGGUCACACCACCAGCUGACGAAGAUGUGGUAGAUAGUCGAAUAAAAUUUGUUGUCAAGGAAAAAAUUCCAACAGGCGGCACUAAACGUGUAUCGUUCGCCCCUCCCCCUGCGGAACCCAGACCGACUCAUAUAACUUUACCGUCGGAUGUGACCCCUAGACCCAGCAUGGCAUUAACUAUGAUCGACAUGACCCCUGGAAGCAAACAGGUCGAUCAUUUCAAAAGUAGUCAUACGGAAGCAACGAAAAUGGAAACUGGUCGUACUAAUAACAGCCAUGGCGCCACCAUUGCGAAUAUGCUUGGCGUUCUAUCGCAGCAGAACGCCUCCUCCUUCCGACCAACGGUGGUGAUUCCGACGGCGGAACCGGAAGUUCCACAAACCAAACAAAAACGAUCCACAUUGGCCAUACUUUUUGGUAAACAAAAUAAGAAGAAGGUAAAAUCACCACGUGGAUCAGAGAAAAAGAAACAAACGAAGGAAAAGAAAACCAGUAAAACGCGUAAAUAG